GUCUAUUCGCUCCUUCACAAGCCACACACAACGAAAUUGCAGUAGAGCGCCGUCGCGCCCCUCUUUUCUCUCGUAACAGGUCGCUUUCCAAUUCCAGCUACAUUUGUUCUUUUCUUUUAUUUCAUCCCUGCUGCGAGGCGGAGUGAAGGCAAGGAAAGAGAAAAGAAAAGAAAAUGCGUCGCGCCGCUCAGAAGGUCACCGUGGCGUCGGCUGCGGCUGGGUCGAGGAUCCUCUUCCGUGCCCUGGACAAGAGUGCGGCAUCUCCCACAAUGCAGCAACGUGCGACGGCUGUUGCAACGACGGGGGCGGCGUCUUUCACUGCCCUCCACACCACCUGCCGCUACGGCUCGACUGAGGAGAAGCCCGUAGAGACGGUGACGGCAGAAGCUGAUUCUGCCGCGGCGGCAAAGGCGGCGGAGGGGGAGGAGGCGAAACCGACAGUGACGGCAGAUGAGAUGGACGAAGACGUCAUUGUGGAGCCGGCGCCGGAGAACGUGGGCCACCGCGGCAGCGAGGCGGACGCACCGAAGGGCGCCGCCGCCGGUGCGGAAAGGACCGUUGGUGAGGCGGAGGAGAUGGGCUUCAAGACGGAGACGCGGCAGCUGCUGGACAUCGUCGCCUGCAGCCUCUACAGCGAAAAGGAGGUCUUCAUUCGCGAGUUGGUCUCCAACGCGAGCGACGCCCUCGAGAAGCGUCACUUGCUCGAGCUCAGCAAUCCCGAGUACGCUCGUGACUCGGAUGACGAGGCCCCGCUCAUUGCCCUCUCGUGCAACCAGAGCAAGAGCCGCUUCAUCAUUCGUGACACGGGCGUUGGCAUGACGAGGGAGGAGCUGGCGGAGAAUUUGGGCACAAUUGCCGGGUCCGGCUCGAAGGCUUUUGUGCGGGAGCUGCAGAGCAGUGGCCAGUCGGCGGCGGAGAAGAUUAUCGGUCAGUUCGGUGUGGGUUUCUACGCCUCCUUCAUGGUCGCCAAGACCGUGAAGGUGUACAGCCGCAGCGCCAAGAAAGGGUCGAAGGGCUACCUGUGGGAGUCGGACGGCACCGGCACCUUCAAGAUCACCGAGUGCGAGGGCGUGGAGAAGGGCACGAAGAUCGUGCUGGAUGUGAAGGACACGGAGCUGUCCUUCUGCACGCCGCAGGUGGUGGAGCGGGUGCUGAAGAAGUACAGCAACUUUGUCUCCUACGAGAUCACACUGAACGGCGGAAAGGUGAACACCGUCGAGGCUCUUUGGAUGAAGGAUAAGAACGACAUCUCGAAUGAGGAGCACAUCGACUUCUACAAGUUCAUCUCCGGCUCCUACGACAGUCCGAUGUUCCGCCUGCACUACUCCAUCGACGCGCCGAUGAGCGUGCGGGCGUUGCUGUACGUGCCGCAGUCGCACACGGAGAAGUACGGCGGUGGCCGCAUGGAGAGCGGGGUGAGCCUGUACUCGCGCCGUGUGCUGAUCCAAUCGAAGGCGAAGGGUGUCCUGCCGGAGUGGCUGCGCUUUAUCAAAGGCGCUGUGGACAGCGAGUCGAUCCCACUGAACGUGUCGCGCGAGCACACGCAAGACGGUGGCAUGAUGCGCCGCCUCAGCACCAUUCUCACCAAACGCACGAUUCGCUGGUUCGAGGAGGAGAGCAAGCGCGACCGCAGCAAGUACGAGCGCUUCAUCCAGGAGUACGGACCGUUUCUCAAGGAGGGCAUUUGCACCGACCAGGUGCACAAGAUGGAGCUCGCGAAGCUGCUGCGCUUUGAGACGACCAAAUCGGACAUCGACUACCCCUUCGUGUCGCUGGACAACUACCGCGAUCGCAUGCAGCCGAACCAGUCGCACAUCUACUACCUCAACUCGCCCAGCAAGGAGAUGGCGAUGCAGUCUCCCUACUUCGAGCAGUACAAGGAGCACGGUCUGGAGGUGCUCAUCUGCACGGAGCCGAUCGACGACUUCGUCAUGCAGCACCUCGACACCUACGCGAAGCACAAACUGCAGAACAUUGAGAUGUACGACGCGAACAUGGACGGCUACGUGCAGCACCAGAAGAAGCUGGCGGGCGACAAGGAGGAGGACGUGUCGGUCAAGAAGCAGCUGAACGAAGUGCAAGUGAAGGCGCUGGCGGACUUCAUGUCGAAGCGGCUUGUCGGCCGCGUCGGGGUGGUGAAGGCCACCAACCGUCUGCGGGACAGCCCGGCCGUGCUGGCCGAUCACGAGUCGGCGCAGAUGCGCAAGAUCUACCGGAUGACGGGCCAGACCGCCGGCCCGCCGCCGAAGUACAAUCUGCAGUUCAACCCUCAGCACCCCCUCAUUCGCAAACUAUACACGCUGUCGCAGUCCGAGUCGAGCGAGGAGGUGGAGACGGCUGGCCUGCUGGCGGAGCAGGUGUUUGAUAAUGCCGUGAUUGCGGCUGGGCUGCUGGAGGACCCGCGCAGCAUCGUCUCGCGACUGAACACGAUCAUGUCUCGCAUGGUGGACAAGGUGCCUGAGCCGUCCGCGGACAAGUAA